CAUGCCUUUUUUCGCGUCUCCACGCUGUUUCAAUGGACGCCUUCGACUUGUUUCGUAAACUCGGAGCCGGAGCGAAAUUUGAUUUCAAGAGGUUUGGUAAAGAUGCCGAACGAUUUAAGGUGGUGAGAUCUCAAGAGAAAGAUGUAUCUGACCACUAUGGGAUCGACUUUUUCGGGACCGGAACAACCCACGGCAACCAGGAGCAGAGAGCGGAGGAGAAGCGAGACGAGGAGGGAGAGGUAGAUGCUGCUGCAGGGAAAAGGAAACGACAGGAUGAGGAGAAGACUGCAAAGAAGAAAAAGAAAGAUACUCAGGCUGAAGUGGAGUGUGAGGAGACCGAGGGCAUCCUGUGGACCUCCUCUGCAGACAGGAAGUCUAAAGGCUUGAAGGAGGGGAGGGACAGAGACAAGACAUCCAUGAAGAGACUCCAACACCUCCACCAAGAGAAGGUGAACCGUGUCCGUAUGCAACAUCGUAUCAACGUGCAUGGCUGUGACGUGCCUGACCCGGUGUGCACCUUCUCCGAGCUGCAGUCCGAGUACGACCUGAACCCACGCGUCCUCCAGAACCUGUCCGCAGCUGGACUCACCAUACCCACGCCCAUCCAGAUGCAGGCUAUACCCCUGAUGAUGCAUGGUCGUGAGUUGUUGGCGUGUGCUCCGACAGGUUCGGGGAAGACUCUAGCGUUCUGUCUCCCUCUCCUGACACACCUGAAACAGCCUGCUAACCUCGGCAUCAGAGCUCUGGUCAUCUCUCCCACCAGGGAACUGGCCAGCCAGACCCACAGGGAGUUGGUGCGUCUGUCGGAGGGCGUCGGGUUCAGAGUUCACAUACUAGACAAGGCCUCCAUGGCAGCCAGGAAAUACGUUCCCAGCUCUCACAAGAAAUCCGAUAUUCUGAUCAGUACCCCCAAUAGACUGGUGUUCCUCCUGAAGCAGGAUGCUAUAGACCUCAGCAGUGUGGAAUGGUUGGUGGUGGAUGAGAGCGAUAAGCUGUUUGAGGAUGGUCGUAGUGGCUUCAGAGAGCAGCUAGCAGCAGUGUUCCAGGCGUGUUCCUCUCCGCGGGUCAGACGAGCGCUCUACAGUGCUACCUGUGCUCCAGACGUGGAACAGUGGUGUCGCCUCAACCUCGACAACCUGGUCUCUGUCAACAUUGGACACAGGAACUCUGCAGUAGAGACAGUAGAACAGGAGCUGCUGUUUGUUGGAACGGAGAACGGGAAGUUACUGGCCGUGAGGGACAUCAUCAAAAAGGGUUUCUUGCCCCCUAUGCUGGUGUUUGUCCAGUCUAUUGAUCGAGCCAGAGAGCUCUUCCAUGAGCUGGUGUACGAAGGCAUCAACGUAGACAUCAUACACGCUGACCGCACACAGCAACAGAGAGACAACGUGAUCAGUAGUUUCCGGUCGGGUGACAUCUGGGUGUUGAUCUGUACGGCCCUGCUGGCCCGAGGUAUCGACUUUAAGGGUGUCAACCUGGUGCUGAACUACGACUUCCCUACCAGCGCUGUGGAAUACAUCCACCGUAUCGGUCGUACUGGCAGGGCCGGACGCACAGGGAGAGCUGUCACCUUCUUCACCGAGGAUGACAAGCCUCUUCUACGCAGGUACACCAGGGGGAGGAGCCUAGGGAUCCACAGGGGGAGGGGAGUAGAUGGUUUAAACAGGCCGGUUUGUGAUGUCCCUGGCUACAUGGUAGGCUUUAAAAAGAUACACAGUAAGGUAAAACGGCAGCUCCAGAAGAAACCGCCGAAGAGGAGCGCUAUCCGUACCACGCCUCAAUUUGUACUGAAGAAGGGAAGAGGAGGAGAGAAGACGGGAGGAGGAGUGGGAGGACCGAAGAAAGGAGCACUGGGAGGACCGAAGAAAGGAGCUGACGGACAGGAGACGAAGGGAGAUAAAGGACAGAAGUCGUCUGUUGGAGUCCAGUCUAAGGUCCAGGGGACGAGGAAAAAGAAGAAAGGAAAGAAGAACUGAGAAGACAGGCAGAUGAGAGGAAGGAGAAGACCGAUGGAGAUGGGAAGACGGGCAGAUGAGAGGAAGGAGAAGACCGAUGGAGAUGUGAAGACGGGCAGAUAAGAGGAAGGAGAAGACCGAUGGAGAUGUGAAGACAGGCAGAUGAGAGGAAGGAGAAGACCGGUGGAGAUGUGAAGACGGGCAGAUGAGAGGAAGGAGAAGACCGAUGGAGAUGUGAAGACGGGCAGAUGAGAGGAAGGAGAAGACCGAUGGAGAUGUGAAGACGGGCAGAUGAGAGGAAGGAGAAGACCGAUGGAGAUGUGAAGACGGGCAGAUGAGAGGAAGGAGAAGACCGAUGUGUAUGAUAAUACUGUUCUGUUGCUUUCAGAUACGUGUGAUUUGUAUUUCUUGGACAUUCUAAUAAAAACAGUUGAUUUAA